AUGGAAUCAUUACUGGUGGGCAGUAGUGGACAGCAACGUGGACUAACACUUACAAUCUCAAAGCUUAGGCAUUAUAAACUCACUCUUCUUCCCUUUCUUCCCCAAUUCAACAGCCACCAGCACAACAGCCGUUACAUUUUCUCUAUUUCGCCCCUUCGCUUCCAGGUUCUUCUUUCUCAACCAUCACUUGCCCACGGCUUCUUUACUUCUGUUAUUGAUUUUGGGUCCGAAAAAAAAAGGAGGCUUAAUAAGAAAUCAAGUUGCAGGGGACUGAUGUCUAAAAUGGCUGAUCAUGAUCAAGCCAAGUUAGCCUCCGCUGAUGUUGUAUCCGGGGAUAUGAUUUUUCAGCCUAUCUUGGAGGAUGGGAUUUUUCGAUUUGAUUGUUCUACAGAUUUUAGAGUUGCCACACAUCCCAGUCUUUCAUUCAUCACUAGCAAAGAUAGGGACACACCAAUCGUGAAUCAUAGUGUUCCUUCAUACACUCCUGCUUUUGAAUGUGUUUCUGGGCAGCAGAUUGUUAAACUCGAGUUUCCUGUUGGUACCUCCUUUUAUGGAACUGGAGAAGUUACUGGACAGCUUGAGAGGACUGGAAAAAGAGUUUUCGCAUGGAACACGGUGGGUUAUGGUUCAGGAACUCCAUCGUUGUACCAGUCACAUCCUUGGGUACUGGCUGUUCUUCCGAAUGGAGAGGCAUUAGGUGUUCUUGCAGACACCACACUACGCUGUGAGAUUGAUCUGAGGAAAGAAUCAAUAAUUCAGUUCAUUGCUCCGUCAUCGUAUCCUGUUGUCACAUUUGGUCCAUUUGCUUCACCCACUGAUGUUCUGAAAUCUUUAUCCCAUGCCAUUGGAACUGUUUUUAUGCCUCCAAAGUGGUCAUUAGGCUAUCAGCAAUCCCGGUGGAGCUAUGAUUCAGAUGAGAGAGUUCGCGAGGAACGUUUUCGCGAUCCACAAUCUUUGGCAAAAGAUCUCCAUGAUAAUGGUUUCAAAGCGAUUUGGAUGCUCGACCCUGGUAUCAAGAAAGAAGAAGGGGAGGUGUGGCCUGGGCCCUGUGUUUUUCCUGAUUUCACGCAAUCAAAAGUUCGCGCUUGGUGGGCUAGUUUAGUUAAAGAUUUUACGUCGAAUGGUGUUGAUGGCAUAUGGACUGAUAUGAAUGAGCCAGCAGUUUUCAAAACUGUCACAAGGACGAUGCCUGAGAGCAAUUUUCAUCAAGGAGAUGAAGAAAUUGGAGGAGGUCAGAAUCACUCGCACUAUCACAAUGUAUAUGGCAUGCUUAUGGCAAGAUCAACAUAUGAAGGCAUGAAGUUAGCUAGUGAAAAGAGGCGUCCUUUUGUACUCACGAGAGCUGGAUUUAUUGGUAGUCAAAGGUAUGCUGCAACAUGGACAGGAGAUAACUCUUCAAACUGGGAGCACUUACAUAUGUCUAUCUCCAUGGUACUUCAAUUGGGACUCAGUGGUCAGCCAUUCUCUGGACCUGAUAUUGGUGGAUUUGCUGGAAAUGCAACACCCAAGCUUUUUGGAAGGUGGAUGGGUGUGGGAGCUAUGUUUCCUUUCUGCCGUGGGCAUUCUGAAGAGAUCUCAAAUGAUCAUGAGCCAUGGUCUUUUGGGGAACAGUGCGAAGAAGUUUGCCGUCUAGCAUUGAAGAGGCGUUAUCGACUUCUACCACACAUAUACACUCUGUUUUAUUUGGCUCACACAACGGGUACCCUGGUGGCAACUCCGACUUUCUUUGCUGAUCCAAAAGAUCCUGGCCUAAGGACCACCGAGAAUUCCUUCCUUCUGGGUCCUCUUCUUGUCUAUUCAAGCACCGUUGCUGAUCAGGGAAUCGAUAAAUUGCAUCCAUUGCUGCCCAAGGGAAUCUGGUUGAGAUUUGAUUUUGAUGAUUCACAUCCGGAUUUACCAACAUUAUAUUUGCAAGGAGGAUCGAUAAUUCCUUUGGCUCCCCCUCAUCAGCAUGUUGGUGAAGCUAAUCCGUCAGAUGACUUGACGCUCCUUGUAGCUUUAGAUAAAAAUGGGCUUGCUGAAGGAGUACUAUUUGAAGACGAAGGCGAUGGCUAUGAAUUCACCAGAGGUGGAUAUCUGUUGACACACUAUGUUGCUGAACUUCAAUCUUCAGUUGUUACUGUCAGAGUUUCCAAAGUGGAAGGAUCAUGGAAGAGGCCCAAACGUCGUCUGCGUGUGCACUUAUUGCUUGGUGGAGGUGCAAUGAGCACAAUUGGCAUUGACCGUAAUCCACCACUGGUGAAGCAUAUGUUUAAAAGAUUUAUCAAUCUCUUUAUCCGCGAACAGCUUGACUCGUGGGGCAUGGAUGGAGAUGUCCUGAAAGUCAAUAUGCCCACAGAAGUUGAAGUUUCUACACUCGUGUCUGCCAGCGAGAAACAAUACAGGACUCGGUUGGGUAUUUUUUGUCCCCUCAUAGAUAACUUUUUAACUGCAGAAUGUGCUAAGCAUAUUCCGGUGGUGGAAGAGGUUUCUGGACCCAAAGGAGUGGAGCUUUCGAGGGUCCCUAUUGAAUUGAAAAAUGGUGACUGGACUGUUAAAGUAGUUCCCUGGAUUGGGGGCAGAAUUAUUUCCAUGGAGCACCUUCCCUCAGGAACACAGUGGCUUCAUAGCAGGGUUGAGAUUGAUGGAUAUGAAGAGUACAGUGGCACCGAGUACCGGUCUGCAGGAUGUUCUGAAGAAUAUAAUAUGCCUGUGUUUAUGCUUGUAGUCUUUGCACGUAGGCGGGAUCUUAAGCAUGCAGGAGAGGAGGAAUCUCUUAUUUUGGAAGGUAAUAUUGGUGGAGGGUUGGUUCUUCAACGGCAGAUAUCUUUACGAAAAGAUAACCCAAAGAUUCUCCACAUCGACUCUGGCAUUAUAGCCUCCAGCGUUGGUGCUGGUUCUGGUGGAUUUUCAAGGCUGGCUUGCUUAAGAGUACACCCAACGUUUACUCUCUUGCAUCCCACUGAAACCUGUGUCUCAUUCACCUCCAUUGAUGGAUCAAAACAGGAAAUUUGGCCUGAAUCUGGGGAUCAGUUCUAUCAAGAGAAUCUUCUGCCUAAUGGUGAAUGGAUGCUGGUUGAUAAACGUCGGGGUUUGGCUCUAGUCAAUCGGUUUAACAUCAAUGAGGUUUAUAAGUGUUACAUCCACUGGGGAACAGGGACAGUAAUUCUGGAGCUCUGGUCUGGAGACAGGCCUGUUUCGAAGCAAUCACCUCUCACAGUUUCCCAUGGGUAUGAGGUGAGAGGAAUCUCUUAG